AGUAGUAUAUUAACUUGAUGGAUCUGCCUUGAGAUUCAGAAGUCUACUCUACUGCAUCAAAGAAAGAGAAAUAAACUAGAGAAACGGAAAAUGGGUCUUCAAAAUUUGAUGAAUGGGUUACUAUUGAUUUACUUUCUGUUCAUGGUGAUUGUAACUCCACUGUUUGAUUGUCAAAGUUGUUUACCAAGUAAUUUGUUUCCGGAUGUCCUUAUUGAUAUGAACACAUGGUAUGCUAAUGAACAUGGAGAUUAUUUGAGUAUCGAGAAACCUCAUUUCUUUGUUGGUCUCAUUUGGCUUGAGCUCGUUGUAAUGUGGCCUCUAUGCAUUGCCAAUUUCUACGGGAUCUUCGCAAGUAAAUCGUGGGUGAAAAAGACCUGCUUGAUCUAUGGAGUCAGUACCGCUACAUCCAUGGUUGCAAUUCUGUAAGAAAUGAUUAGGUCUUCAAGGGCUACUUCUACACUAUUGAGCAUUUACGUACCUUUCCUGGGGUUUGCUCUAAUUUCGGUCCUUAAUGGUCUGAUUCCAUAUUCAUCAUCAGUUAAUGUCAUGAAAACCUCUGCAAUGAAAGGAAAAAAGAGGGCUUAGAUGUGGAGCUUCAUAUUCACUUUCUUAAUGUUAUUGUUGUCCUUUAACGUUAAUCGUAUAUUCUGAUUAACUAUUCAAUUAUUUCACCACUUUGAGUAAAGACAUUCAAUCAAAAUCUACUUCUCCUC